UUAUAUAGGAACCUGUUCUAUAGGAACAAGCAGUAACGGAAAACUGGAAAAUGAUGGUUUUAUUAAUUUAGAUGUUUUUUAUCGCUUCAUGUUACUAAAUCAUGGAUAUAAGAACUUACUCCCUGUGUGCUCUUAUGCUUGUAAUAAAUGAAGUAUCGUCGCAGAGCGUCAUAGUCGAAGCUGCUCAAGAAGACUCUGUGAUCUUACCGUGUUCAUCCAGUCGUUAUGAAAAGGACGUGUUCUGGCGAUACAGAGACACAAAGGUUGUGUAUGAAAUCAUUGAGGGUAAAGAGAAUUUUCAAGAGCAGGAUGCAGAGUACAGGGGCCGAGUCAAAGGUUUUCCAUCAGAGUUCACAAAAGGGAAUUACUCCAUCAGACUGAGUGACGUGAAACUCAGUGAUACAGGAACUUACAGCUGCAAGAUACCUGACUCCAGAACUGUCUAUGUAGAACUCAAGGUCAAAGUUGACAGCGACUUAAGCCAGAAGAUUUCCCCAGGUAACAGUGGCAUAAUGGAAAAAGCAGGCAGUACAUCAUCUUUAGUCAUUUUAGUUCUGCUGUGUAGCUUCGCUUUCUGAAGAAAGAAUUAAAGCUUUAAAAUCUUUUUUUCAGUACAUCUUUGUUCUUAAUUUUAUUAUUAAU